CAGUCCCUCGGCUCUGGCUCACUAGGGUAGCUGGGACCGUUAGCUCGCCAGGCUGGCUAACAGCGGGGCCCCGCUCUGCCGUCUGCCGGGAUGGAGACGAUGCGAGCACAGCGGCUGCAGCCCGGCGUAGGUGCCGGCGGGAGAGGCACUCUGCGAGCGCUGCGGCCGGGGGUGACCGGGGCCUCGACUAGCGCCGCCACACCCCCCGCGGGCCCGCCGCCCGCCCCGCCGCCCCCCGCCCCGCCCCCGCCGCCGUUGCUCCUGGCUGGGGCCCCGGGGCUGCCCCUGCCCCCCGGCGCCUCGGGGAGCCCUGCCGUGCUGCGCGAGGCCGUGGAGGCGGUGGUGAGGAGCUUCGCCAAGCACACGCAGGGCUACGGCCGAGUGAAUGUGGUGGAGGCCCUUCAGGAGUUCUGGCAGAUGAAGCAGUCCCGGGGCGCCGACUUGAAGAAUGGGGCUCUGGUGGUGUACGAGAUGGUCCCUUCCAACAGCCCUCCCUACGUCUGCUACGUCACUCUGCCUGGGGGAAGUUGUUUUGGGAGUUUCCAGUUUUGCCCCACAAAAGCCGAGGCCCGGAGAAGUGCUGCAAAGAUUGCGCUAAUGAACUCCGUGUUUAAUGAACAUCCAUCCCGAAGAAUUACUGAUGAGUUUAUUGAGAAGAGUGUCUCAGAGGCCCUGGCAUCUUUCAAUGGUAACAGAGAGGAAGCCGACAACCCAAAUACAGGAAUUGGUGCUUUCCGAUUCAUGCUGGAAUCUAAUAAGGGCAAGUCAAUGCUGGAGUUCCAGGAGCUCAUGACAGUUUUUCAGCUGCUGCACUGGAAUGGCAGCCUGAAGGCCAUGAGGGAAAGGCAGUGUUCUCGACAGGAGGUGUUGGCUCAUUAUUCGCACCGGGCUCUGGAUGACGAUAUUCGCCACCAAAUGGCUUUAGACUGGGUGAGCCGGGAGCAGAGUGUGCCAGGGGCACUGUCUAGAGAGCUGGCCUCCACUGAACGGGAGCUGGACGAAGCCCGGCUGGCGGGCAAGGAGCUGCGUUUCCACAAGGAGAAGAAAGACAUCCUCAUGCUGGCUGCUGGGCAGUUGGGCAAUAUGCAUCCUUCCAGCUGCUGAGCACAUGCCCUCUCCUGCCAUGCUCUGCAGCCCUUUUUUGUAUGUCUCCUUUCUAAGACGUAGGAUGAUUUCUGUAUAUACUUUCUCAAUUUUAUACUUUAAAAUAUAGACAUAUAUGUAUAAAUUCUACACCUGAAUUCCUAUUUGCUGGGAUCCCUUUUCUAACUUCCAGUUUGGGGAUGUAGUUACCUUUGAAAUAUCACUGUUCCAUUUUAGAGCUUUGUUGGCACUUAACCCUUCAUUUCAGUAGUACAGUUCAAUUUACCAAGUGUUCAUGUCUUUUUUUCUUAAAAUAGCAGUCACCCAGCCAGGCAGUGGUAGUGCACAUCUUUAAUGACAACACUUGGGAGGCAGAGGCAAGUGGAUCUCUGUGACUUUGAAGCCAGCCUGCUCUACAGAGCUAGUUCCAGGACAGUCAAGGCUAUACAGAGAAACCCAGUCUCAAAAAGCCAAAACUAAAAACUAAACAAAGCAUUCGGAUGGGAUGACUCACAGCUGUAAUCUCUGCUCUCAGAAGUCUGAGACAGUAUUGCUGUGAACGUGAGGCCAGCCUGACCCACACAGUGAAAUUACAGCUCAGCAUGGUCUACAGGGUGUAAGACCAUCUCAGAUCCCUCUUUUCCUACAUAUAAAACAACAGUCAGUAAUAAGGAGUAUGGGCCCCACCCUCAUCCAUAUCCUUGCUUUCUCUAGACUAAAACAGGGUAUGGCCUCUGGCUUGAGGUGGACCUUCUCACACUCUUCUGCUUACUGUCCUCCUUCCUUGCCUCCACAGGCUCCUUUGUUUGGGGACUUCCCUACCUUAUCCAGAAGGCACAGGAGAUCUGGCGUCUUUUUGUUUUGUAGGACAUCUUACUAAGUAGAUAUGGCUGGCCUGAAACUCAUUCUGUAGACUAGGAGGACUUCAUACUUGUGGCCAUAUUCUUGUGGAGAUCAUAGGCAUAGGUCAGCAGGCCUGACCUGGUUUUUAUUUUGAAGUCACUCCUGAGAAACUGCCCAAGAACAAGAGAAUUCAUAUGGAGGGUGGGGGGUAGCACUACCGACACUGCCUCUGGGAUUAACGAUGCUCUUCCAGCCGUCUAGAUUUCUGGAUGCAAGAUCGCCAUUCCCUGCCAUCAUUUCUCUCUUGCUCACCAUACUUAGUAAACACACACACACAGACACACAGACACACACACACAGACACACAGACACACACACACACACACACACACACACACUCUGCAUUUCAUUUCGUUUAUGUAGCCCAGGCUGGCCUCAAUUUCUCCCUGUGGGUGAGAAUGACCUUGAGCCCCUGUGCCUUCCAUGUGCUAGGACUACAAUGGAGCAUCAUUCAUCUGUCUGAACUCUUCCUUCAGUGACGGGAAGAAGCACUCUGUUCUUUAGAAACUGCAUCUGUUCUGGUUAGUGAGAACCUGAGAGGAGUCUUAGGCCCACCGAGUUGUAAAUGUAUACACCUUAGCUUCUCAUUUCCUGUGUCUUCCUUCUCUUCCUCCACAUUGACUGUGAGAAUGAGUUCAUGAACCGUGGAUGAGAAUGUGGUUCUUCCUAAGCGGCACCUGAGAAGCCUGUACAGAGGGAAAUGACCUGGAGGAAGGCAGAGCUCUACUUCCCCCUUGUUUCUGUGACGGCUGCUAUACUUUCUCUCAAUACACUGCUACUAUAACUUGACUUCCCAUUGGACAGUUGCAGUUCGCUUCUAGAUUAGGAACUGGGCCUUGGUGGUGCAGGUCUGUAAUCCCAGUUGCUCUGGAGGCUAAGGCAAGAAGAUCAGAAAGUCAAGGUCCAUCCUAACUAGAGUGAGUUUAGAGGCAACCUGGGUAACUUAGCCAGACUGUCUCAAAAAUAUAAAAUAAAAACAGGGCUGGGGAUAUAGCUUAGUGGUAGGAGUUUGACUGGCAUGAGGCCUGAGUUUAAUCUCUACUGCAGAAAGGGUGGGGGGGGGGGAGUGGAGAUUUGGAGGGAAGAGGAGAGAGAGGGAGUAGAUUAGUUAAAUUAGCUCACUUGGUAGGGGAAAAGCAGCUUUCUUGCUUUUUGCAAUUAUCUUUGUGACAAGGACACAUGGGAUCAGGUAGUGAGCCCAGUUACAACAGUGUCAGUGCUUAGAAAAGGGUUCCUUGAUCCUGCUAGCCUCCCCACCCCACCCCCGCCCCGCAAAGCACACUGGGUUGGCAGAGAGGCUCCCACGAACCCUCCCCUUUCUCCUGUACUCCUUCUUCAUGUCAGACCUGUUAAGGGGUAUGAGUUUGGGGAAGAAUUGCCCUUGCACCUCCUGUAUUUACUAUUUUUCUCAAAACCAUACAACUCCAAAGAACAUAAGAAAAAUUGUUCUGUCCACUUUUGAUGUUGAAGAUUUUAGUUACCUUUUUGGUACUUUGUAUGUAUUUUAUAUGUAAAAUUUUACACAAUUAAAAUGGGUUUUGUCUAGUAA